AUGGAACUUCGCGAUCUGGAGGAUGAACUCAAGUCCCUCGAAAGGCUGUUCGAGACCCAGGACGGUGUCGUCCGAAAUAUGAAGGUGAUCUUUGAGGGAGAAGACCUUAGAAAUAUCACAAAGAACGGACAGAUGUACCUCGAAGAAGCUUUGGCCAAACUUGAUGAGUACAAGAGCCAGACCCUAGAGAUGCUGAAGAGAGUCGACACGACGAGGAAUGACUACGAAAAACUCUUGGAGAUGGUCCAGCGUAAGGCCCAAGUGGAUGAAGUCCGUUGGUCGCGCCUUCAGACGGAGCUAGCCUCUUCGCAGAAUCUCUCGGUCAUGAUUUUCACCACAUUUACCGUCAUCUUCCUUCCGUUGUCCUUCUUUACGAGCUUAUUCGGCAUGAACACGGUCGAAUGGGACGCUCAACUUCCAACUAUUGGCUUUAUCGGUGCCGUUUCGCUGCCCCUGUCCGUGUUCAUCAUUGCAGCGGCGCUCAUCGCCGCAUUCAGUAGUCGUUUACAAGGAUUUGUUCGGACGGGAUACAAGGGUGGUAAGAAAGUCGUUGUGCUUGUGGCAUCCAGCAUCAAGAAGAUUGUACCACAAAAAAAGAGGGAGAAGAGACGCAUCAACAAGGUGGAACGGGAAGAGAGAAGAACAAGGAGGAAAGAUGGUGGCUAUGACUUUUGGGAGAAUGUUAGGAGGGAACGGGCGAGCGAGUAUCGGAUUCCGGAAGUUAAUCGCAACAAGACGAAGGCAUGA